CUUCGUAACUUUGAAAGAAUACAUUUUCCUAUGUGGUUGUCUCAAGCAUUCAGAUAUUUUCUUUACAUUUCUUUGUUGUCUCUUCACCUGACCAGCUAUGCCGAACCUCAGCAUUGUGUUGACCUGCCUCAUCUGCCUGCCGUUGGCCGUGUCUGUCAAGGAGUCACUGUCUCUCAGCCACAGGGUUCGGUGGAAGCCAGAGAGGGGAAUACAGUCACUUUAAUCUGUGUCAUGUCAAGUGACACUCCACUGGGACCAGUGAGAUGGUACAAAGGAUAUGGCAGCGAGCGCACACACUUCUACUCAGUAGUCCCCAAAGAAGGAGAUAAGAAUGACCCUCGAGUGACCUGGACAGUGGAGAACACGACAGUCAACUUUAGCAUCACAAUAAGAGACGUCAGAGUCAGCGACACGGGAGAGUAUUACUGUGAGAAAUACACAAUGGCAGAUUGGGACAAACCAAAUGCCUCACCAUUCGCUUCAGGACUGGGGGUCAGCCUGACUGUGAUAGGUGGGCAACAUUCGGUAACCUUUUUUGUUUUUAUGUGCUACUUAAUAUUUCUCAUUGACCAGAAUUUGUGUGCUUGGUUCAGCGUCUUUCAGCCUCAGGGUCACAUUGAGAAGAUGGAGGGAAGUGACGUCACUUUAAUCUGCCACAUGUCAAGUGGGACUGUGCUGGGACCGGUGAGAUGGUACAGAGGUGCUGGCAGCAAGCACACACACUUCUACUCAGGAGCCCCUAAAUAUGGAGAUGCAAAUGACCCUCGAGUGACCUGGACAGUGGAGAACCCAAUAGUCAACUUCAGCAUCACAAUAAGAGACCUCAGAGUCAGCGACAUGGGAGAGUAUUACUGUGAGAAAUACACAAAGGGAGAUGAGAACAAACCGUACGCCUCAGGACCAGGGGUCACCUUGACUGUGAGAGGUUUAAGUGUCUCUCAGCCUCAGGGUCGAGUGGAGGCUCUGGAGAGAAGCGACGUCACUUUAGUGUGCGUCAUGUCCAGUGAGACUCCACUGGGACCAGUGAGGUGGUACAAAGGUGCUGGCAGCGAGCGCACACACUUCUACUCAGCAAUCCCCAAAGGAGGAGAUAAGAAUGACCCUCGAGUGACCUGGACAAUGGAGAACCCAACUGUCAACUACAGCAUCACAAUAAGAGACCUCAGAGUCAGCGACACGGGAAAGUAUUACUGUGAGAAAUACACAAAGGCAGAUGAGAGCAAACCGUACGCCUCAGGACCGGGGGUCACCCUGACUGUGACAGAGGCCAUAAAAGAGAGCUGGGAAGUCAGUGGCCAUCUUCUUUCCUUCUUUAAUUUGUUUCUAUUUGACAGGCACGACUCGCACCAGUUGUUCUUAUCACAAGUCACUUUCUCAUCUUCCUCCACAGGAGUGCCCAUCAUCACCGGCCCAGCAAGCAGGGUGAAGGUGGGAAACGAUCUUGAAUUAACUUGUGAGGUCAACGGGGCCAGCGACAUCACAGUCAAGUGGUUCAAAGAUGAGCAGGAAGUGACCCCUGAGCUCAGAGAUACAUCGGGGGGCGGAAAAUCAAGCAGAAGUGUCAUCAGACUGACUGCAAAGAUACAGGACAUCAAGUCUGUCAUCAGGUGUCAGGAGUCGGGACUCUCCGCUCAGACCCCUUUGGAGGACAAAUUUCACUUGAAGGACGUCAUUGCAGUUUUACCUGGAGUGCCAGUCAUUGAGAACCCUAAGCUGGUGCUGGGCGACUUAGUAAUCAUGACGUGUAAACUCAGCGGCGUCUACCCCAAAGAUAUAAAGGUGACCUGGGACAAGACGUUUGAAAGCUCCCAGUCUCAGCAUUCAGAAGAACACGAGGACGGCACCUUCACUGUCACCUCUGUGCUUUCAUUCAUUGUGAAGGAGGAUAUGAGGGGCACCCGGCUGACAUGCCAGGCGGGAUAUGAAGGGUUAACACCUGUGAGUGGCGCGGUGACACUGGGCGUCAGAGAUAUUAAAGCAGCCCCCGUGAAACUGGGUGUGGGGGGUGGGGGGAGGUUUUUUGAUAGUCAUUGUUUCUGUUACACAAAACUGGACAAUAAACUUAAUAAAAUAACUGAACAUGCAUUGGUGUGA